GCGUAUCCCGCAAUCACGGACGGGUGCGCGGAGUCGGCGCCAGAAAACACACGUUUUAUAUUCCACCCGCUCAAAUACCCUGGUAUGAAUAACAAGCGCCAAAUAGUAUGCACGAGGGAUCAUGGAUAUGCAAUUCUUAAGAGGAUUAUUGCAAACGGGAACACAAAGCAAUUAUCAACAUCAUACUUAUGUCUCUCAUACACACACACACACACACACACACACACACUGAAGCAGGCUGCACUGGGACUCAGUGAGCCAGUGAGAGACGAGUGACGAAGAGUUAGGAUGCAGGAAUUUGAUAUCAUUGUGCUUGGAACUGGACUUAAGGAAUGCGUCCUCUCUGGUUUGAUGUCUCAAAGCGGUAAAAAGGUUCUUCACAUUGACAAAAAUCCCUACUAUGGAGGAGAGAGUGCCUCCAUUUCUCCCCUUGAGGAGCUGUACAAGAGGUUUAAGGUUCCAGGUCCUGCUAAAUUCAUGGACCGUGGGAAAGAGUGGAACAUUGACCUCAUCCCCAAAUUUUUUCUUGCCGGUGGUCACCUGGUGAAGAUCUUGGUGCACACUGAAGUUACUCGGUAUCUGGACUUCAAAGUCGUUGAAGGCAGUUAUGCAUACAAAGCAGGAAAAGUGCACAAAGUCCCCGCCACAGAGGAAGAUGCCCAGGCUUCGGACUUGAUGGGCAUGUUUGACAAGAGACGGUUCAGGAAGCUGCUGCUCUUCGCCCUGAACUUUGACGAGAGAAGCCCACGCACCUACCAGGAUGUGGAUCCUAAAAAAACGACCACACGGGACCUUUUCUGCCGCUUUGACCUGGGAUUGGAUGUUAUGGAGUUCACGGGUCACGCCAUAGCCUUACACACCAGUGACAGUUACCUGGACCAGCCCUGUGUGGAAACCGUCAGACGGAUCAGGUUGUACUCGGAGUCUUUGUCCCGCCACAACACCAGUCCAUACCUCUACCCUGUAUACGGGCUGGGAGAACUGCCACAGGGAUUUACCAGACUAAGUGCAGAGUACGGAGGAACUUUCCUGUCAAACAGAGCGGUGGAUGAGAUUGUGAUGGACAACGGCAAAGUAAAAGCUGUGAAAUCUGAGGGGAAGCUGUUCCAUUGUAAACAGCUGAUCUGCGAUCCCAGCUACGUUCCCAAUCGAGUGAGGAGAGUGGGACGUGUCAUAAGGGUCAUCUGUUUAUUAAAUCAUCCGGUUAAAAACACCCACGAGGCCAGCUCCUGUCAAAUCAUCAUCCCUCAAGCUCAACUCAACAGGAAAUCAGACAUUUACAUAUCUGUAGUGUCCUAUGCCCACAAUGUGGCCUCCGAUGGGAUGUACAUCGCCACAGUGAGCACGACUACAGAAACCAGCCAGCCAGAGAAGGAGGUGCAGCCUGGGCUGGAUCUCCUGGAGCCUAUCAUGCAAAAAUUUGUUUCAGUCAGCAACCUGCUAGUUCCCUACGAAGAUGGAAGAGAGAGUCAGAUAUUUGUGUCGCGCUCAUACGAUGCAACAAACCACUUUGAGACUGAAUGUGAAGACAUCGUAGACCUGUACCACCGGAUCACAGGAGCAGAGCUCUGCUUCGGAGGAUCACAGAGACACAACUCUGAUGACGACUGACAAACACUUUCAACAUCAGGCCCAAACAAUCGAGCUUCAAGAGGGUUCCAAGUAGCAUGUAGACUCGUUUUUUCCCCCUCUAAUUAGUUUUUUUUGUAAUUUCUCCCUUUUGCCCAAUUCUAUAAAAUAUGAUUAUGACUAAAAGUUUGGAAAACCUUUUUUUUCUACUGUCGAUCCUUUUUUGCUACAUUCUUCUGAAUUUCCAUUGUUUUAUGAGAAAAUAUGUAACCAACAAUACAACAAUACACUACUUAUGUUUUAUAAUUUACAAGACGAAAGUAAAAUCCCAA